CAGGCAGUUCCUGUGGAGCUUCCGGCUGCCGGGGGAGGCGCAGAAGAUCGACCGCAUGAUGGAGGCCUUCGCCCAGCGCUACUGCCUGUGCAACCCGGGCGUCUUCCAGUGCACCGACACCUGCUACGUGCUGUCCUUCGCCGUCAUCAUGCUCAACACCAGCCUGCACAACCCCAACGUGCGCGACAAGCCCUCGGCCGAGCGCUUCGUCGCCAUGAACCGCGGCAUCAACGACGGCGGCGACCUGCCCGAGGAGCUGCUGCGCAACCUGUACGAGAGCAUCCGCAGCGAGCCCUUCAAGAUCCCCGAGGACGACGGCAACGACCUGACGCACACCUUCUUCAACCCCGACCGCGAGGGCUGGCUGCUCAAGCUGGGCGGGCGGGUGAAGACGUGGAAGCGGCGCUGGUUCAUCCUCACCGACAACUGUCUCUACUACUUCGAGUACACCACGGACAAGGAGCCGCGGGGCAUCAUCCCGCUGGAGAACCUGAGCAUCCGCGAGGUGGAGGAUCCCCGCAAGCCGCACUGCUUCGAGCUCUACAUCCCCAACAACAAGGGGCAGCUCAUCAAGGCCUGCAAGACCGAGGCCGACGGGCGGGUGGUGGAGGGCAACCACGCCGUGUACCGCAUCUCCGCGCCCACCCGCGACGAGAAGGACGAGUGGAUCAAGUCCAUCGAGGCGGCGGUGAGCGUCGACCCCUUCUACGAGAUGUUGGCCGCCCGCAAGAAGCGCAUUUCCGUCAAGAAGAAACAGGAGCAGCCGUGAGGGGGGGGGCCGGGCCCCCCCGGGCCCCCCCGCGCGCGCACGGACACGCCCGGCACACGCGUGUGCGCGCACGGACACGCCCGGCGCACGGACCCGGCACACGCGUGUGCGGCCGCCGCGCUGCUCUGCUGGGCAGAAGCAGGCGGGGGGGGCGCACACGCGUGUUGCACGCGUGUCACACGCGUGUGCCCCCCACACACACACACACACACUACCGGGGUCCCCCCCAGUUUGCCCCAGUCCGGCCCAGUCUGGGGCGGCUCCGGGGGGCCCCCCCGUCCUCCCCCCCCCCCGUUAUUUAUGGCUCCGGCCCCCAUUAAAGGUGUUGAAUCCGG